AUAGUCUAAAGUUGAGUCGCAACCAUGUGGACUGGCACAGUGUGGAUGAAGUGUAUCUGUACAGUGAUGCAACAACAUCUAAAAUUGCAAGAACUGUUACACAAAAGUUGGGGUUUUCCAAAGCUUCAAGUAGUGGGACAAGGCUACAUAGAGGCUAUGUAGAAGAAGCCACAUUAGAAGACAAGCCACCACAAACUAGUCACAUUGUGUUUGUUGUGCAUGGUAUUGGGCAGAAAAUGGACCAAGGAAGGAUCAUCAAAAAUACAGCGAUGAUGCGAGAUACUGCAAGAAAAAUAGAAGAAAAAUAUUUUUCCAAUCUUGCAACACAUGUUGAAUUUCUUCCGGUUGAAUGGAGAUCAAAACUGACCCUCGAUGGAGACACUGUGGACUCCAUUACUCCAGAUAAAGUACGCGGUUUAAGGGACAUGCUGAACAGCAGCGCCAUGGAUAUCAUGUAUUAUACAAGUCCUCUUUACAGAGAUGAACUGGUCAAAGGGCUGCAGCAGGAGCUGAACAGGCUAUACACACUUUUCUGCUCCCGGAAUCCAGAGUUUGAGGAGAAAGGAGGGAAAGUCUCGAUUGUGUCCCACUCGCUGGGCUGCGUCAUCACCUACGACAUCAUGACUGGCUGGAACCCGGUCAGGCUUUACGAACAGUUGCUGCAGAAGGAGGAGGAGGAGCUUGAAGACCCUUGGAUGAGCUAUGAGGAGCAACGUUUACUUGAAGAACUUUACAUAACUAAACAACGGUUGAGAGAGAUAGAAGAGAGGUUACAUGGGUUAAAGGCAUCCACCGUAUCAAAACCACCUGUCUUAAAAUUUAAGGUUGAGAAUUUCUUCUGUAUGGGAUCUCCAUUAGCAGUGUUUUUGGCAUUGCGUGGCAUCCGUCCAGGAAACAGCGGUAGUCAAGAUCAUAUUCUGCCCAGAACAAUUUGUAACCGCUUACUAAAUAUUUUUCAUCCAACAGAUCCAGUGGCCUAUAGAUUAGAACCUUUAAUUCUGAAACACUACAGCAACAUUUCGCCUGUCCAGAUCCACUGGUACAACACUGCAAACCCUCUACCUUAUGAACAUAUGAAGCCAAGUUUUCUCAACCCAACAAAAGAACCUACCUCAGUUACUGAUAGCGAAAGUGUUUCGACUGUACCGAGCCCAACUACUUCACCGGUCAUGGUUCGACGCCACUACGGGGAGUCUAUAACGAACAUAGGCAAAGCGAGUAUAUUAGGAGCUGCGAGUAUCGGGAAGGGCCUCGGCGGGAUGCUUUUUUCAAGGUUUGGUCGAUCUAGUACAACCACCCCACAGACGCUCGAGACGGGAAAAGACGGAGCUGAGGGGGACGACAAGAAGGCCACAACUGUGGGGACGCCGCCUUUAACGCACAGCAGCUCGGGCUUCCUCGAACCCGCAGUGGAACUGGAGCACAGGAUUGAUUUCGAGCUCAGGGAAGGUCUCGUGGAGAGCAGAUACUGGUCCGCAGUCACGUCGCACACCGCCUAUUGGUCAUCUCUGGAUAUCGCUCUCUUCCUCCUAACCUUCAUGUGCAAACACGACCAAGAAGAGACUGACAAAUCCAAUUUAGACACUCUUUGA